CGAACGGCACGCACGUCCUGGUAGAAUCGCACACAGAGACCCACUCACCCACCGCGUGCGGCGGCCUGGAGACAGCUGGAGAAGCGAAACAAGCAGACUAGCAGGAGCAAGGUGGAGACGCAGCUGACGUGAGUCCAUGCUCCCACCCAUGACGGCGUAAACCUCUCGCCAUUAGAGGGGGAGGAGAAGCUAAGCCAACGGCGGCCUUUCUCCUCCUCGUCCCCGUGAAGCACGCUCUGCGCCUCUGCUACCGGCGGGAGCUCGCGCGCGUCUCGAGAUCUCAAGCAGCUGAUUAGUUGAACAUGUUCUUUUUAUGAUACCCUACCUUGCAAGCUAGUAAAAGAUGAGCUCGACCCAUCGAGCUUCAAAAGCUGCAAAAUCAACAAUCAAUUACCACCGGCUUUCAUUAGAUGAGCACCAAUUAUUUGAGCCAGAUGCUUUAGUUACUAAGGAUCGAGAUGCCGAUCAUCAACCGAGGCAAAGUCCUCAAUCGGGCAAAACAUAUACUGAUAGAAGAUUGACCACUCCCCAGUUUGUAUCUGCAUUGACAGGGAUCUGGAAUCUUGUUGGCCACCCUGAAUCAUCUGGUACAACUCAAAGAUCUGAGAGCCAUGGUAUUUCAAGUAGGGAAGACCCUAUGUGUUUUAGCAGGGAUCAACAAGGACGCAUAUUAACACCUUCCUGUGCGGAAAACUCAAGUGGUCUGAGUUCUCGAAACUGUUUAUCUACACCAAAAUCAGUUUAUGAAGAUCUUAGUUCAGUAAAGAAGGUGUUAAUGCUGACAUCAUUCAGUAGCACUUUUGGUGCUUCAUCCACAUGGAGACAUAUGCAUUCCAUCAAUAAGAUUGGGGGUGCACAAUAUUUGCAAUGCGCAAAUUUAUACUCCAAGCAAACUAAAAACACAGAAGAAAUUGGGACUUCUGAAAGUAGCAAAAGAAGCAUGUGUGAGGAAACUUAUUCUGCUUCCACCAAUAUGGACAUUACAGAUGAUGACUAUUCCAGUCAAACAAGAAGCACACCUGCUGAGCUAUGUACUAGCUCAAAUGAAGAAGCUAGCACUACACAUGAUGGUGAAACUUCUCUACAUGAUACUGAAUCCAAUCUAGAGAUAUGUCAUGAAAAUCCUAAUUUUUCAGCUGCCACUGUCCACCAAACGGAAAUUGCCAAAGAGGCAACAAUAAUGGCAGGAAAUCAGAUUUCCAGUAAGGCAUGCACAGAUUCUCAGGUUGACUCACUGACAUGCGUGUCUUGUCUGGUUGGUGGCGAUGUUGUUCUUGAUCCAGCAAAUGCAGAUGAAUAUGCUUAUGUUGGUGGCAUAUGUCCACAACAUUCUGUUGAUAAGUGUUCACAUGAGUUUCAACCAACGUUUGAGCAUCGAUUUGAUGGUGCUGUUACCAUAAACAGGCAUGCUGUGGCAGGAGCCUUAGCUGGGACUGCAGUCAGUGUUUCUUUGCAUCCAGUUGAUACAGUGAAAACCAUAAUUCAGGCUAACAGUUCUGGACAAAGUUCAUUCAACCAAACACUGAGGCGCACUCUUCUUGAGAGAGGUGUUCUGGGACUUUAUGGAGGACUUGCCAGCAAGCUUGCUUGUUCUGCACCCAUUUCUGCAAUUUAUACCUUAACUUACGAAAUUGUCAAGGGGACUCUUCUACCUGUUUUGCCACAGGAAUAUCAUUCAAUUGCACAUUGUGCUGCUGGUGGUUGUUCUAGUAUUGCAACAUCCUUUGUUUUUACACCCAGUGAAUGCAUAAAACAACAAAUGCAAGUGGGUUCUCAAUAUCAGAAUUGCUGGAAUGCUUUAGUAGGAUGCCUUAAAAGGGGCGGCAUUACUUCAUUAUAUGCUGGAUGGGGUGCUGUUCUUUGCAGAAAUAUCCCACAUUCCAUAGUAAAGUUUUAUGCCUAUGAGAGUCUGAAGCAGUCUAUUUUGAAAUCAGCGCCUGAUAAUGCCAAGCUCAGCUCUGGCGAGACGCUUUUAUGUGGAGGUUUUGCUGGGUCGACUGCUGCUUUGUGUACAACCCCAUUUGAUGUUGUCAAGACACGAGUGCAAUUACAGGCACUCUGCCCUAUUAGCAAGUAUGAUGGGGUUCUUCAUGCACUAAAAGAAAUUUUCCGGCAAGAAGGCUUCCGUGGUCUUUACAGGGGUUUGUCUCCAAGGCUGGUUAUGUAUAUAUCUCAAGGUGCUAUAUUCUUUACGUCCUAUGAGUUUCUCAAAACAAUUAUGUUUCCUGAACAAGAGGUUCCUGCAAGUAGCUUUUGAUCAUGAAAUGAGAGAACAUGGUGCAACAGUGCGGUGGUAAAGAACAAAGAACUUGUAUUGAUACGUCAACCUCAUGAACUAACUUCUGGGGUGGUCUGACUUAGAAUUUAGUUGUACUUACUGUGCUAUCCAAUUUUUGUGUCUUGAAGUCGUGUACAUCAUAGAAUACCUUUUUGGGUAAUCUCAGAUUUAGGCGAUAGAGAAUUUUGUACCAUCAGUAAAGGUGAUAGCAGUAAAGGCAGUAAUUCCCUUUCAGGGAACCUGUGAAUGUGUCAUGGACUCAUGGUUCUGUAUUUUGGUUUCUUACUGAAACAAAGGUCAUGUUUAUUGAAGGAAUCUGCUGUUCAAAAUCCAAUAUAAUUUGUGGUUACUUUCCUGUGAUCAA